UACGUCUGCAGUCCAGCAGUCCAACCACGGCAGUACGUGACAUUGACAGUGUCGAGGUCCGCUGAACUAGUGUAUCGGCAGUUCUGAAUUCGUACUCGGGUACUGUGCUCGUAUAUCGGUCGCACUGCCGCUAAUCCUGUGAUUACUUAUGGUUUUCAUUGGUUCCUUAGUCUCCUCAGGCCAGGAUCAAGACGCUACAUUCAGACAGCCUACAGCCUUCUGCCUCCAUAUUGUUCUGCAUUUGCUGAACUUCGAGUGUUGCUUUCUCAUUCAGAAGAUCCUGGGUUCAAAUGUAGGAGCUCAUACUGGCCAUCAUAACAGUAUCCGUUUGACGAAAAUCAUAGCUGCAGCUCUCGAACUCUUUCAUGCGUACAGACGGACAGGCGGAAGAAACGACUUCAGUACACUCUCCACAGGGUUAAGAAGACGUACAGAAGAGUUGCUGGAGAGGAUGAUGGGUACAAUGAAGAUCUGGGGCAGACGGGUGGGCUUGAACCGCAUAUGGAUUGGCAGCCUGCCGUACAUUCUUGUCUUCCUCCCAGAAACAGUUGAGCCAAUCCUGAGUAGCAGCAGACACAUCGAGAAGAGCAGAGACUACUCAUAUUUGCAGCCCUGGCUCGGAACUGGCCUCCUUACCAGUGCAGGAGCGAAAUGGCACAAACGUCGAAAAACCCUGACUCCAGCGUUUCACUUCAAGAUUCUGGAAGACUUUAUUGAUGUGUUUCUGGAACAGAGUUCGAUCCUCGCUAACAAACUGAAACGUGAAAUCAACAAUGAAGCGGGCUUCAACAUCUUCCCUUACGUCACUCAUUGUACCUUGGACAUUAUAUGUGAGACUGCCAUGGGCCGACGAGUGAACGCUCAAGAAAACAGCGAUACAGAAUAUGUGAAAGCCGUCUAUGAAAUUGGUUCUAUCGUUCAAAAUCGUCAGGCCAAAAUAUGGCUUCAACCUGAUUGGCUGUUCCGAUGGACGUUGUUACAUAAACGCCAAGAGAACUGCGUCAGAAUUCUGCACGGAUUUUCAAACAAGGUGAUUCAAGAACGGAAAGAACUACUGAAACUGCAAGAACAAAACAAGACGGUCCCGACAGAGCAUGAAGAGGAAUACUCGAUUGCAUUUGGGCAUAAGAAACGCCUUGCAUUCCUGGAUCUCUUGCUAGAGGCUUCGCAGAAUGGCGCCGUCCUUUCGAAUGAAGAUAUACGAGAAGAAGUGGACACAUUCAUUUUCGAGGGUCACGAUACAACAUCUGCUGCUAUCUCUUGGGCUCUCUUCUUACUAGGAGGUCAACCUGACAUGCAGGAGAAAGUUAGAGAGGAGAUUAACGAGAUCCUGGGUACGGACACAGAGCGUCGCUUCACCAUGAAGGACCUGAACAGUAUGAAGUACUUGGAAUGCUGCAUAAAGGAAGCCCUGCGGCUGUACCCCAGUGUCCCGGUGAUAGCGCGCCAGCUCAACGAAGACAUUAAAGUCGCUCACUACACCGUGCCAGCCGGGACUACAGCACUCGUCCUGACAUAUAUGCUACAUCGCAACCCAGAAACGUUUCCGCAGCCCGAGAAAUUUAACCCCGACAGAUUUUUACCAGAGAAUGUUUUGGGCCGCCACCCGUAUGCUUAUAUCCCUUUCAGUGCAGGACCCAGGAACUGUAUAGGCCAAAAAUUCGCCUUGCUCGAAGAAAAAGCUGUAAUUGCCUCGAUCCUGAGGACGUACCGAGUAGAAGCUGUGGACAGAAGAGAAGAUCUGACGCUUCUAGGGGAACUCAUCCUGAGACCAAAACACGGCUUGAGAAUCAAGAUCUUCCCAAGAACAACGUGAUUUUUUCUGUUUAGCUUCAAUAAAAUCAUUUUCAUAUGUC